AUGGGGCCGACGCAUAUUCCGGAAAACAAGGAUACAAAACGCCAGCAUAUUGCAUCAAAAGGCCAAAGCGGCUUGCAAUGGAAGAAACUAUCGCAGAGCUGCGACGUCAACUUGAAAAAGGAGAGACAGGCGCGAGAAGGGGCGGAGCGCCGUGAGGAAGAAGAGAGACUGGCGCGAGAAGAGGCAGAGCGCCGUGAGGAAGAAGAGAGACUGGCGCGAGAAGAGACAGAACGGGAACUCCAACCCAACAACCUGUUCCGCCUCCUCGAUCGCUGCCAUGACUCUCUGUCCCAAGCGAUCCGAGUCGAGACGGAUGCGACCCUCACGACUCAGGGCAACGCGACCGACCCAGUGAACCGACUUUACCCCAAGCGCAUAGUCCCUUGGCCUGACUUCCCCCAGCUCCAAGAGCAAGUCUGGAGCAAAUUCGACCGCACCGCUGCCUUUACCUCGCGCCUACUAUUCCCUACCGAUACCCAAAUCGAUUACGUUGCCACGAAUAUCCAGAACAACCCGAUCUAUUCAGAAACCUCGCUUCGGAAUUUUGACCUGGGGCAAAUGAGUCUUCAGGAUACGCAGACACCCCAAAGGCCGGCAACACUAGGCGUGGAAGAGGCAGAGGAAAAGCGAGAGGAGCGGCGCAGAGACAGAAGGAUGGCACUUCACGAAAACGCAAUCGACGCGCCGACCAAUUCUGUGUGCAUACUGUGGCCGAUGAACGACAAAUACCGGUUCAUGCAGUGGAAUCUGGCCCGGGAUGUCAUUGACCAGGAGGGCGACACAUUUGAGUUUUAUGCCACCUGCCUCGUCGCCGCUGUGGUCACUCAGAUAUUCUCAUAUAUGAUCGAUAGUGGGGUUCAAUACGGCUACAUCUGCACGGGAGAAGCUUUUGUUUUUCUCCAUAUCCCGGAGGAUGAUCCCACAGUUGUUCAAUAUUUCAUGUGUAUCCCGAACCAGGACGUGCAGGCGGACGAUGAAUUGCGCCUCCACCGGACCGCCAUCGGUCAGGUGCUUGCAUUCACCCUUCAAGCGCUAGCCGCCGAAGCUCCGUCUCAAGAGUGGCAUGAUGCGGCACACGAUAAGCUAAAGACCUGGGAGGUCGAAUACCUGGAUGUGUUGAGAAAAAUCCCCGAGACUCUCCGUAAAGAUCCGCGAGCCUCCAAUUAUCGACCCUCGCACUGGAAACUAGAGCCGAAGACGCACAAUACACGAUCCCGUGCUCGCUGCAAACCAGACAUGUCUACUCCAAAGCAUUCGUCGACCGAAGGCAGCGGCAGUGAUGAAGAAUUGCAUUCGCCAUCAAUCGCUGCAGCGGCUCGCAGCAGGUCGAGUCGUGGCCGAGGCAACAACCGCCAAUCAACUAAGGAAAGCGAAAGCACACGAGCCGGCAAACAGACCUCUCGAAAAGAUGGGCAAUCUACACGACCCUACUGCACAAUUGCCUGCAUCCGCGGCAUCGUCAACCGAGAACCUCUGGAUAAAGAAUGCCCCAACUGGAAACUCCACGGCGGCCAGAGACACUCUAUAAGACCGCAGGAGUUCACACGCCGGCUUCACCGUCAAUUUGCCCGAAACCGAAACCAUGGGUUUGAACAGCUUCACGUCUGUGGUCGGACAGGAAACCUCAUCAAAGCUACCCUUCUAUCACACGGGUACACUGUGGUCAUUAAAGCUACCACAAUGGAGAAGCAGCAUCGCCUUCAAGCGGAGGCAAACAAUUAUCGUCACCUCAGGAGCUUGCAAGGAAAUCAGAUCCCCGUCUGUCUUGGGACAUUCACGCCACGAGUCUCAUAUUGGUACCAUGGAGAAUUAAUGGCGCAGAUGAUGAUACUGAGCUGGGCUGGAAAACGUCUUCAGCAUGUCAUCAACGAUGAGAAUUCCAGAUUCUUUCACCAGGAGCGCGACAAAGCUCUGACCGUGCUCCGGUCGCAUGGAGUUGUCCAUGGCGACAGUGAGUGGCGCAACAUGCUGUGGGAUGACCUGGGUGUUCGUUUAUUUGUCAUUGACCUGGAGGAAGUGAAAUGGUUAAAGCGCCCUCGGGCUCUUGAACCAACCUCUGGCAACAUGCGGCAUGGUCAUCGCGUCGGGGUGAGGAAGAGCAGGAAAAAGCUCCUGUCCAGCUCAACUGCUGUCUGCUCAUGA